GAUGUAGCAGAGACACAGAAGGAAGCUGAGCCAGCCAAGCCUGCAGAGGAAGAACCAGCCAAGCCUGCCGAGGCUGAAACCGCCAAGCCUGCAGAAGCUGAGCCAGCCCCAGAGGUGGUGAAGACCGAAGAAGCUGUCGUCGAAACUGUUAAGGAGACUGAGCCAACAAAACAAGAGGAGGCUACAGCAGCCAAUGACACCACCAAAACCAACGAAGAGCCUCUUGUAACUCUUUGAUUAAAUUCAUUUUCAAUUCUCAA